GCCAGCCACACACCAGCCAAACCUCCAGGUGUCAACAUCCCCCUGCCAGGAGCCUUGGCACCUGUACAGUCAGCGUAGUUCACCUCACCUGUACCUCACCUGUACCUCACCUGUACCUCACCUGUACCUCACCUGGGUCUGCCCCUGACGACAGCGGACAUCUUGUGGCUUUCUUGUCCAACCCUUGAAGCCCUGGUCAGGACACAACUCACCCUCCUGCUCGCAACCAAAACGGUCACAGAGUGACAGCUGUCACCAUGACGACGGCUUUAGCCACGACUACCGAGAUGGUGUCCAACACCACCCACAUCUACGAUACCUACGACCUGUUCAUCCACCCCCACUGGAAGCAGUUUCCCUUGAUUCCCGAGGCCUGGCACUACGCUAUCGGGGUGUACAUCACCAUCGUCGGCAUCUCGGGUGUCUUCGGUAAUCUCCUGGUCAUCUACAUCUUUGGAACCACCAAGAGCCUGCGCACGCCCUCCAACAUGUUCAUCGUGAACCUUGCCCUCAGUGACCUGACCUUUUCGGCCGUCAAUGGCUUUCCUCUGCUGACGAUCUCAGCCUUCAACAAGCGAUGGUUUUUCGGCAAAGUGGCCUGCGAGUUCUACGGCCUCAUCGGUGGCAUCUUCGGCCUGAUGUCCAUCGACACCAUGGCGGUGAUCGCCAUUGACCGCUACAACGUCAUCGCCAGACCCCUCAAGGCCUCCAGGUCGCUGGGCUACCGCAAGGCCUUCAUCAUGAUCGUCAUGGUGUGGGUCUGGUCCCUCAUCUGGACCCUCCCACCACUCUUCGGCUGGGGGGCCUACAUUCCAGAGGGCUUCCAGACUUCCUGCACUUUCGACUACUUGACCCGCACUGACUACUUCCGCUCCUACAUCAUGUGCCUGUACAUCUGUGGCUUCGCCAUGCCCCUGGGCAUCAUCAUGUUCUGCUACUUCUUCAUCUACCGAGCGGUGGCCAAGCACGAGAAGGAGAUGGGCAAGAUGGCCAAGAAGCUGAACGCUGAGAUCCGCCAGGGUGCGGCCGCCCAGGGCUCGGAAAUCAAGACCGCCAAGAUCGCCAUGACCAUCAUCACCACCUACCUCAUCAGCUGGCUGCCCUACGCCACCAUCGCCCUCAUCGCGCAGUUCGGCCCCGCCGAGUACGUCACACCCUACCUGUCCGAGCUGCCUGUCAUGUUCGCCAAGGCGUCCGCCAUGCACAACCCCAUCAUCUACGCCCUCAGCCACCCCAAGUUCCGCGAGGUGCUGGAUACCCGCUUCCCCUGGCUGCUGUGCUGCUGCCGCUUCUCGCAGAAGGAGAAGGAUGCGGCGGCGAACACCAAGAGUCAGAUGACCCGCGCCGACAGCGUCAACUCCAACGUCGUCGGCGGCAACUACAGCAACAUGUCCAGCGAGGUGUCUCACCUGAGUGACUCCGCCUACCCCUCCGCAGAGGUCGGCGACAACGGACGGCAGGUGAGCAUGAAGAUGAGUGACAUCCGCGCUGGCGGUGGCGGUGUCGGUGGUGGUGUCGGUGGUGGUGUCGGCGGCGGUGUCGGCGGCGGCCAGGAGGCGGAGAACAACAGCGCCCUCAUCCGCGACAUCCUCCAGGCUUUCGUGGGCGUGGUCAGCGCCCAGGGCUCACGUCAGGUGCCUGUCUACAUCCCUCCUCAGUUCAUCCCUCAAUAUGCCGCCAUGACUCAGAGCGGACAACUUCAAAUGCCGCAGGGUGUCUAUGCCAUCUCCCAAGGUGCAGUACCCGCGGAAACAAUCCCCAUCCCCCUUGCUCUUCCCCCCCAACCUGCCGCCCCUCAACCUGCCGCCCCCAAGCCUGCCGCCCCCCAGCCUGCCGCCCCCCAGCCGCUGCCCCCCAGCCUGCCGCCCCCCAACCUGCCGCCCCCCAACCCGCUGGUUCUGCCGCCUGCGCGGUCAAGGUGGGUGCGCUCUGCCAAUGUUGGGGAGACACACCAGGUGCAGGCAGCCCAGCCUCCCAAGUUCGGAGACAGGUGUGACAGUGAACAGGUGUGUGCAUUAAAUGUGGAAAUAGGGCUGGGGGCCAUUUGGGCACCGCUUGAUGGAUAUGUCUUUAACAACUUGGUUAACUAG